CGCAAAUCCGACGGCCGUAAAACAGGCGGUGAGGUGGGAGGAAAACAGAGAAAGAAACUGUCCAAAGCGAAGAGGUUCCGUGUUUACACCACAUUUUGAAAGUUCUCUCUUCCCAUACUGCAAUUACCGCACAUUUUCCAACCUCUCUUCAAUUCCUAAUCAGGCUUUGAGAUCGAAGCUUUCUAUAAUUUAUAGACUAUGUAAGUUUAUUAAUUAAUUAGGGUUUGUGAAUAUGGGGUUGGAUGAUGCGGAUCUUCUGAACGAUGGGGGUGGAGAUGAAGGCAAAGCAGCAUCUUCGGUGUCGUGCUCGAUCUGCCUGGAGGCUGUUACCGAUAAUGGGGGUAGAUCGUGGGCUAAGCUUCAAUGCGGCCAUCAGUUUCAUCUCGGUAC